CCUUACCCUUUAAGACUUACUUAUGUAUUUCCGCCGGUCAAGCACAGCAAUGCCUGUAAAAUCAAAAGAAAACAAAACAAAAAACAAAAAAGCAAACAACGGAAACCAAGCACCCUUUUGAGGAGGCGCAAGCAUUGGGCUUUUCUUUAUUUCAGAUUUAUUUGGAUGUUUUUGCGGUUCCCCCGCCCCGGCAGUCCCUGAGGGCUUCUGAGGGGCGGGCGCGCGCAUGCGCGGAGCGGGAGCGCGGGAGCGCGCGGGAGCUGCUCAGGUGAGGGGAGGGGGACCCGGACUGGGGGAGCCUCGGUGUUUUUGGUUUUUUUUUUUUUUUUUUUUGUGUUUUUUUUUUUUUUUUUUUUUGGGUUUUUGGCAGUGGGAUUGAGGGUCCUCGCGGUCUCAAGAGCGGGAUUAGGGAUCCCCGGGUUUCCGGGAGCGACCAGCAGCUCCUCUACCCUUCCCCAGCCCGCGCAGGGCCGCCCGUGCCCGCUCGUUGUUUGGAUUCCGGAUGGGGUCGUUACCCCCAAAAUAAAUUUUUCUCUCAAGUGUUAAAGCGAUGCACAGGGCUUGAUACCAUCUUCUCGCAAUCCCCUAACAGGAAUUUCAGCCGUAAUAACCACAACUUUUAGAAACAGCCUUCCUCAAAGCAUCCUGUCAAUGACUACAGGGCGGUUCCAGGCUCUGCCAGCGGUGCCUGCACAAAGUUUGUCCGCCCGAGCCGUGAGGAACAAGAAUUGAUGUUUGUUCUGUUUGUUCCAGGAAACAUGAAGGUCAUCACCUGUGAAAUAGUGUGGCACAAUAAGGAGCCGGUUUACAGCUUGGACUUCCAGCAUGGAGCGGAUGGGAGGAUCAAUCGGCUGGCCUCGGCUGGGGUGGACACGGCCGUGAGGAUCUGGAAAGUGGAGAAAGGCCCGGAUGGAAAAGCCAUUGUGGAAUUCCUGUCCAACCUGGCACGCCACACCAAGGCCGUGAACGUCGUGCGCUUCUCUCCCAGCGGGGACAUCCUGGCCUCGGGAGGGGACGAUGCUGUCAUUUUGCUGUGGAAGCUGAAUGACAGCAAAGAGUUGGAGCCCUUGGUUUUUCAGGAUGAUGAUGAAGCUCAGCUCAACAAGGAGAACUGGGCAGUCAUUAAAACUUUAAGAGGCCACUUGGAAGAUGUGUAUGAUAUUUGUUGGACCUCAGAUGGAAAUUACAUGGCAUCUGCUUCUGUGGAUAACACAGCAAUCAUGUGGGAUGUCAAUAAAGGACAGAAAGUUUCAAUAUUUAAUGAGCACAAGAGUUAUGUCCAAGGAGUAACCUGGGAUCCUCUAGGCCAGUAUAUUGCAACCCUGAGUUGUGACAGGGUCCUGCGAGUUUACAGCACCCAGACCAAGCGAGUGGCCUUCAAUGUCACCAAGAUGCCAUCGGGCUCAGGAGCUGAGGGAGAGGCGAGGAGCUUUCGGAUGUUUCACGACGACAGCAUGAAGUCGUUUUUCCGCAGGCUCAGCUUCACUCCUGAUGGCUCCUACCUGCUCACUCCAGCUGGCUGUGUGGAAUCAGGAGAGAACGUUACAAACACCACCUAUGUUUUCUGCAGAAACAAUCUUAAAAGGCCCGUGGGUCACCUGCCCUGUCCUGGCAAGGGAACUCUGGCUGUUCGCUGCUGUCCUGUGUACUUCGAGCUGAAAGGAGCCUCUGCUAAAGAUGAAAUCAGUCCCAAAUCCCCCCCUGCCCUGUUUAACCUCCCCUAUCGAUUGGUGUUUGCUGUUGCUUCUGAAGAUUCUGUGCUUUUCUAUGACACUGAGCAGUCCUUCCCCUUUGGUUAUGUCUCCAACAUCCAUUACCACACCCUGAGUGACAUUUCAUGGUCCAGUGAUGGAUCCUUCCUGGCCAUUUCCUCCACGGACGGUUACUGCUCCUUCGUCACCUUCGAGGAGGAUGAGCUGGGAGUGCCCCUGAAGGAAAAGCCCCAGAUCCAUGUCAGGACUCCUGGUGCAGCAGCAGACAAGAAAGCCAAGAAGAGCCAAUCCCACAAAGUGAUUUCCCCAGGCUCCAGGCUGGCAGAGGGGACCCCUCCCAGCAAGGAUCCCCCACUCCAAGCCCGAACCCCCAACAUUGCUGGGAAGGAGCUGCCUUCCACCCCUGUUGGCAUCAAAACCACUCCAGUGUCAUCCCCUUCCUCCCCUGCUGGCAUCCAGACCAUUCCAGUGCCACCCUCAGAGGAGAGGAGAAGCAGCCAGGCCAGCACCCAGAGCAGCAGAGCCCCCCAGCCCAGGAGGGUCACCCUCACCACUCUGCAGUCCUGUUUCAAAACACCCAGGAGAAUAAACUUGAUUUCCUUGAAGCCAGACACCCCAGCCUCUGCAUAUCCAGACCCAGCUCCCAUCCCUCCUUCCUCAGAACAGGAACAUGAGAGGCCACUGCCAUCUGAUGAGAGCCUCCAAGCUCCCCCAGCACCAAAACGUGCCAGGAUUGAGGAAUUGUCCCUUCCUGCACCUGCUGGAGACCAAACCAGCUGUGAACCCAACAAAUAA